GAAUGCGAGACCUAACGGCUCAGGUAACGAGCAGUCUGCUGCAGUUUCCAGAGGUGACUGUUGAGGCACUUGGGGAAGAUGAGAUCACCCUAGACUCUGUGUUGUGUGGGAAGUUUUCUGGAGGCAGAAGUGGCCUGGCGUGGCUGGCGUGUGGCCCCCAGCUGGAGGUGGUGAACUCGGUGACAGGAGAGCGGCUCUCUGCGUAUCGCUUCAGCGGAGUGAACGAGCAGCCUCCCACUGUUCGUGUGGUGAAGGAGUUCUCUUGGCAGAAGAGGACUGGGCUCCUGGUUGGGUUGGAGGAAGCAGAGGGGAGUGUUCUCUGUCUGUACAACCUUGGGAUCUCAAGAGUGGUUAAAGCAAUUGCUCUUUCAGUGAGGGUGACUGCCAUCGAACCCAUCAGCAAUGACGGCGGAGCCAGCGUGAGCACCCGGCACCUGCAUCAGAGUCUGCGAUGGCUCUUUGGAGUGACAGCAGUGGCCACAGAUGUUGGCCACGUCCUUCUGGUUGACCUUUGUUUGGAUGAUUUAUCUUGCAGUCAGAAUGAAGUAGAAGCAUCAGAUUUAGAAGUCGUCACUAGAAUUCCUGCUGAAGUUCCACAAAGAAGAGAAGCUGUGACCAGAGAAGGGAGGCAUCUCUGUUUUCAAUUACGAAGUCCUUCAGGAACAGCAGUAUCAACCCUGUGCUACAUAAGCAGAAGCAACCAGCUCGUUGUGGGUUUUUCUGAUGGCUACUUGUCACUGGGUAAUAUGAAAACUUUGAAGAAGGCGCACUACACUCAGCUUGGAGGAGGAAGGAUUCCUGUCUGUGCUCUUACUUUUCAAGAACCUGAGAAUGAUCUUCAGAAUUGUUGCUACUUAUGGGCUGUUCAGUCUACACAACAAAGCAAAGGGAGUGCUGUGUAUUUACAUCUGUUGCAGUUAGCAUUUGGUGACAAGAAAUGUCUGGCAUCAGGACAAGUCAUAUACGAGGGUUUUACAUACUGUGUCAAACUCUUCAGUUUAGAUCUCUCUGGUGGAAUCUUUCCCUGGAGAGGGCAGACCAGCAAUACUAAAUUCCUCAGCUUUCAGACCAUAGAAAAAUUUCGCAACCAUGCUGACAGAGAAGAUAAUGUUAAUGAAGUAAUCUCUCCUGACACCAGUGUAUCAAUCUUCAGUUGGCAAGUGAAUACCUAUGGUCAAGAAAAACCAUCUGUUUACUUGGGCGUGUUUGACAUCAAUCGCUGGUAUCAUGCUCAAAUGCCAGACUCACUGAGGCCAGAAGAAGUGCUUCAUGAUUGCCCCUAUUUUGCACUGUGGUCACUGGAUCCUGUAAUAAGCAUGACUUCUCCAAACCUCAUUUUGGAUAUUCUGGUACACGAGCGUAGUCUAAGUCGGGGGGUGCCUCCUUCUUAUCCACCACCUGAGCAGUUUUUUAAUCCAAGCACCUAUAAUUUUGAUGUGACGUGCUUGCUCAGCUCAGGAGUUGUUCACAUGACUUGCACCGGCUUCCAGAAGGAGACCCUGAAGUUUUUGAAGAAAUCUGGUCCUUUAAUCAGUGAAGCCAUUCGUGACAGCUACACUCGGUGUCUUGUAGCUGGCUUGCUGUCUCCAAGACUGGUUGAUGUCCAGCCAUCCAGUCUGAGUCAGGAGGAGCAGUUAGAAGCAGUGUUGUCAGCUGCUGUGCAGACAGGUUCUUUAGAACUUCUGACGGGAUGCAUUAAACACUGGACUUCUGAAGAGCAGCCAAGUUCUGCUGUAAAUUUACGGUUUGUGCUUGAGUGGACGUGGAACAAAGUGAUCUGUACAAAAGAUGAACUGGACCAAAUAUGUGUUCCACUGUUUGAUGGCUCCUGCAACUUCAUUGACCCACAGACCUUACAGUCCCUUCAGCACUGCCAGCUGCUUCUGAGCAACCUCAGCACAGUCCUGAACUGUUUUCUAACAGAAGCCCGAGAGCUUACUGAGAGAGGUUUUACAGACUUGACAAAUAAGCAGGUGGUAACCAGCCUCAUUUCUUUGUAUGCACAAGUGGUGAUCUGGUUCUGUCGAUCCAGCCUCCUUCCUGAGGGUUUAGAUGAUCACAUGCAUUUGUCUAGACCUUUCUACAAUUACCCUCUGAUUCAGAGCUACUACACAGGUCACCGACAGAAACUCGAGCGUUUAUCAAGAGGAAAAUGGAAUUCUGACUGCUUGAUGAUUGAUGGAAUGGUUUCCCAGCUGGGAGAGCAAGUGGAGAAGUUGUGGCGGAGAGAUGAAGGUGGCACUGGGAAAUACCCACCUGUUAGUUUACAUGCACUGCUGGAUCUCUAUUUGCUAGAAAGCACUGAAGAAAGUGACAAACAUGCAAUUACAAUUUACUUGCUGCUGGAUAUCAUGCAUUCCUUCCCAAAUAAAACAGGAAGUUCAAUCGACUCCUUUCCAACUGCCUUUGCUAUCCCUUGGGGUCUUGUUAAGCUGGUUCAAGGGUUUUGGCUUCUUGAUCACAAUGAUUAUGAAAAUGCCCUGACCCUGCUCUUCCAUCCGGCUACAAUCAAGACUGUGUCAUGGCAGCACAUGAGGAUAAUUCAGUCCCUCAUGUGCCAGGGAGAGCACAGGAGAGCCCUCAGGUACAUGCAGAUGAUGAAGCCGUCGAUGUCCAGCAGCAGCGAAGUGCGGCUGUUCCUCACCGUGCUGCUGUCCAACAGGUGCAUGGUGGAGGCUUGGGGUCUGUUGCAGCAACACACCACCAAGUUGAACAUAGAAGAGCUGCUAAAGCACAUGUAUGAAAUCUGUCAGGAGAUGGGGCUCAUGGAGGAUUUGCUGAAGCUGCCUUUCACAGACACGGAAAAAGAGUGUUUGGAGAAGUUUUUACAGACCAAAUCUGGUGUUCAGAACUGUGAAUUCCUCUUAGUCCACCAUCUGCAGCGUGCCAACUACAUCCCAGCACUCCAGCUGAAUCAGUCCAUGAAGACCAAUCUGACAAAUGAUCGUGAUCCUCGCUUGAGAGAGAGAGCAGUUGCCAGAAACUCUCUAUUAGACCAGUAUGGCAAGGUCCUUCCCACAGUUCAAAGGAAGCUGGCAGUGGAGAGAGCCAAGCCAUACCGUUUGCCUUCAUCAGUCUUGAGAGAAGUCCCAAGGCCAAAGCCAUUAUCAACAGCAACAAGGCAGGCUAAUGCAGGAAAUGUACAUUUAAGAACAAGUUUCAUCAAUAAAGUACUCUCCAGAUUUAAAGAAGCAUGGCUAGGAAACAAGAAAACCAAUUUCUCAGAGUAUAAUAAGUAA